AUGUCACAGGAUACAUCCGGUGACCUGGUGGGACUGGACACCCUGGUAGCCAACACAGCCUACCUGAGGGCUCAGAAUGUAGACCACAAUGAGCUGAAGAAGCAAAGACUCUCCCUGACGCUGCCGAAACCGAAGAAGUCCUCUGCUCAACAGCUGGUUGGGGGGUAUAAGUACGAGUCCCUGUGCGAGCGGCAGCCUAUUGGGAGGAAGCUGUUCCAGCAGUUCCUCCUGGCGUCUGACCUGCAGUAUGUGGCAGCCGCUGAGUUCCUGGAAGACCUGAACAGGUGGAGCCUUGCCGAAGGUGAAACCAGAGAGAAAGCAAAACAGACAAUCCUCACUAAGUUCUGUCGGCCUGAAUCCAGGAGUUUUCUCUCCUACCUCACAGGAGAGGAGGCUGAGAAAUGCAGGAAUUUAUCAGCGAAGAACUUUGAUGAGGUGACAAUGGACCAGAUAAAAGAAGCCACAAGGGACUUUCUGAGGGGGAAACCUUUCUCCGAGUAUCUAAAAAGCCCCAUUUUCUACAGGUUCUUGCAGUGGAAGGAGUUUGAGAAGCAGAAGAUCACCAGCAAAUACUUUUAUGAGUUUAGGACUUUGGGGAAAGGUGGCUUUGGCGAGGUGUGUGCCGUGCAGGUGAAAUACACAGGCCAGAUGUAUGCCUGCAAGAAGCUAGAUAAGAAGUGCUUGAAGAAAAAAGCUGGUGAGAGGUUCGCCCUUCUGGAGAAGAAGAUCCUGGAGAUGGUCGACAGCCUCUUCAUUGUAAACCUGGCUUACGCUUACGACAACAGUACCCACCUGUGCCUGAUCAUGGACCUCAUGACUGGAGGCGAUCUCAAGUUCCAUAUCUACGAGCUUGGGGAGCGGGGUAUACGCAUGGAGCGUGUUGUUCACUACAUGGCCCAGAUAACCUCGGGGAUAAAUCACCUGCACUCCAUGGACAUUGUGUACCGGGAUAUGAAGCCUGAGAACGUGCUGCUGGAUGCUAAAGGACAGUGUCGGCUGUCAGACCUCGGAUUAGCUGUGGAGCUGCCAAAGGGCAAAACGAUCUGUCAGAAGGCUGGUACGACGGGCUACAUGGCCCCUGAGAUUCUGAGGCAGGAGGGCUAUGGCGCGUGUGUGGACUGGUGGGCUCUGGGCUGCAGCAUGUACGAGAUGCUGGCCGCCCGUUUGCCUUUUAAAGACUUCAGAGAAAAGGUGCAGAUAGAGGAGGUGACCCGUCGCACUCUGGAUGACGACAUCAAGUUUGAACACAGACGCUUUGACGCUCCCAGCAAAGACAUCAUCCGCUGCUUCCUCAGGAAAAAGGCGCAGUAUCGCCUCGGGUUCCGCGAUGACCCACGAAAUCACGUGUUUUUCAAGAACAUUAAUUUCCACCGUCUGGAGGCCGGGCUGGUGGAGGCCCCCUGGGUGCCAAAAUCCAACGUGGUGUACGCCAACAACAUGGACCGGUUCAGAGACACCUCAGGGGAUGAGAACAUUACGUUUGAUGCCAAAGAUGAGAAAUUGUUCAAGGAGUUCAGCACGGGCGCAGUCUCCAUCAAGUGGCAGAAGGAGAUGAUCGACAGCGGAGUGUUCGACGAGCUGAACGACUCCAGUCAGAACGGCUUUGAGAAUACAUGGACGUCCAAGCUGUGCGCCAUUUUGUAAGCGUGUUAUCUCCUCAUCAAUACGUGCAACUAGGAAAACUUUUUUUCCUUUUUGAGCACUUGAAAAUACCCAGAAGUCCUUUAACUUAAAUGUCCAGUGAGAAGGAUUUAGUGGCAUCUAGUGACUGCAAGUGACUGAAUAGCCCCUGGUGGCUGCAUGAGGACAAAGGCCCCUCUCUAGAGGCAGUGUUUGGUUUGUCCUUUCUGGGCUACUGUAGAAACAUGGUGGAGGAGCCACUUCCGCAGUAGAUAUAAAAUGCUCCUGCUAAGAUAAUGAAAUACAAUUCUUAGUUUCAAGUCAUCAUACAAUACACACAUAAUAAAUCCGUAAUUAUGAAUAUUUUAUUCCCUACUUUUCCCUAAAUCCUACACACUGGACCUUUAAUAUAUUUAAAGUGCCUGGUA